UUACAUACACUACCGUUAUAGACUACACUCACGCCCUUAAUAACUGACUCGUUUCAGUCCUCAUUCUCCAUCGUUUCAUUCUGUUUCUCUGCAAGAAACUGCCAUUUUUCUUCUUUCAGUUCCUUUCUCUAUCCUUCUAUUUUCUUGAAUAUCUUGUCAAUGGCGAUAGCGUCUCCGUCCACUCCAAGCUUCUCAGCUUCCUUCUGCUGCAAACGCGCUGAGUUCAAUCCUGUAUUUCGCUGCUUCUCCGUCGCUUUUACUCAUCGGAAUCUCCCGUUAACUCGUCGACUUGUCAUUUCUUCGCGUGUCCACUCAAAACCCUCGGAUGCUGGUGGCUCCGUUUCUCCUGACAACGGCGACGAGUUCAACGAGUACGAGAUGCCACAAGGAUUUGGAGCGGCGCAGCGAAGGAAGAAGGGAUCGUCGGUGUUCGUGAUGCUGCCGGUGGACAUAGUGGGAGUGGGAGGACAGGUGCGGAAAAAGAAGAUCAUGGUGCACUCGCUCAGAGCGCUGGCCGUGGCCGGGGUGGAGGGCGUGGUCAUUGAGUUGUGGUGGGGACUGGUGGAGAGGGACCAGCCUGGGGUUUACAACUGGCAACCUUAUUUGGAGCUUGUGGAGAUGGUGGAGAAGUGCGGCUUGAAGGUGAGAGUUGUCCUGGCCUUUCAUCAGAGAGGAAGCGGGCCUGAAGAUCCCAACUGGAUUUCACUCCCUCCUUGGGUGCUUAAUGAGAUUGACAAAAAUCCAGAUUUAGCUUACUCUGAUAGAUUGGGAAGAAGAAGUACUGAAUAUAUUUCCCUAGGAUGUGAUACUCUUCCUGUUUUAAGGGGACGAUCACCAGUCCAAGCAUAUGCCGAUUUUAUGAGGAACUUCAGAGAUACUUUUAGGCCUCUACUCGGUGAAAUCAUUAUGGGAGUCCAAGUUGGGAUGGGUCCUGCAGGUGAACUGAGAUAUCCUUUCUGCCCACCAGAGAAGCUAAAACAGGCGUGGCGAUCAGGUGAACUUGGAGAGUUUCACUGCUAUGAUAAGUACAUACUUGCAUCUCUGAAUGCUUGUGCUGGUGAAGCUGGAAUGCUGCGUGAAUGGGGAAAUGGAGGUCCAAUUGGUGUUAGUAGUUUGAUAAAUGAUCCUGAGAAUACUGAAUUUUUCAGAAGUCAUGACAGAACUUGGAAUAAACCGAAUGGAAAAUUUUUCCUUGAAUGGUACUCAGGGAUGUUGCUGCUUCAUGGGCAAAGGAUAUGUAUGGAUGUUGAGAACAUUUUUCGGGGUAUUGACAUUAAUACCUCUGCCAAAGUGGCUGUGAUACACUGGCAUUAUGGCACACAGUCUCAUCCAUCUGAGUUAACAGCUGGCUACUACAAUACUUCCACCAGAGAUGGGUACCUACCAAUUGCUCAGAUGUUCAGUAGGUAUCGGUUCACCAUGUGCUGUGCAGGUUUUGAAAUGCAAGAUGUGGAAGAGAAUCCUCUGAACCAAGUAAGUAGUCCAGGGGGUUUUCUUAAAAAGCUUUUAUGGGCUGCUAGGAUUUGUCGUGUCCCCUUGGAAGGCGAAAAUUCAACUGCUAUUUGGGAUGAUAAAUCGUUUCAACAGGUGCUAAAAAUGAGAAGGUUCUACUCGUAUGGUCUGAAAAGACCCUCCUUUUCUUUCAACUUUGUGAGGAUGGAAAAGAACAUGUUUGAACAACGUAACUGGGUUCGAUUUAGUAAUUUUGUAAGGAAAAUGUCAGAUGAUAAACUUUUUCUAGCCAAUUUAGGUUUUGGUGAUGAUAUGCAACUGUCUUUGAUGUCAGAUGAUGCAAAAUUUGGGGAAAGGUUUGCAGCUUGUUAAGGAAGCUCCAUUCCAUUUCCUCUACCAAGGCAAAUCUUAUACUUUGACCACCAUCAUUUGAAGUGUAUACCUUAUAGUAGUACAUAAUUCAAUGAUCUCUGUUCUUGUUGCGAAAUGUGUAGUAAAUGCCUCAUUUUUUUCACUA